ACCUAAAUCAAUUGUCUGGGAUAAAAGAAAAAUUCAACUAAGAUUGGUUUGUAAAAUCAUAUUAUACAAUGAUGAUUUACUAAAUGUGUUGCAGAUGAACGGCAUUAAGGAGAGUGAUUUGGGAAUAGAGACCUCUUAUUCCUCCAUGAUUAUGGAUCAGAUGGAGAAUGUUGCAUGUCAAAACAACUCUCAACAGAUGUCCGCCUUUGAGGACUGUGAUUUGGCUUUAGAGACCUCUCAUCCCUCCAUGACCGUUGAUCAGUUAGAGAUUGCUGCUGUUCCAAACAAUACACAACAGAUGACCACCAUUAAUGACAGUGCCUCGGCUUCAGAGACCUCUCAUCCUUCCAUGAGUAUGGAUCAGACUGAGAUCUCUACUUGUCCAAACAACACUGAACAGAUGACCACCAUUAAUGACAGUGCGUCGGCUUCAGAGAGGUCUCAUCCUUCCAUGAGUAUGGAUCAGACUGAGAUCUCUACUUGUCCAAACAACACUGAACAGAUGACCACCAUUAAUGACAGUGCGUCGGCUUCAGAGAUGUCUCAUCCUUCCAUGAGUAUGGAUCAGACUGAGAUCUCUACUUGUCCAAACAACACUGAACAGAUGACCACCAUUAAUGACAGUGCCUUGGCUUCAGAGACCUCUACUCCUUCCAUGGAUAUGGAUCAGACGGAGAUCUCUACUUGUCCAAACAACACUCAACAGGUACUCUCACCUCCAUCACAUUUGCGGUUAUUUUUUUCCAUCUUAAUAACUUCCUUUGUGAUGAUGGGCACUAAAUUCCAUGAUAGAAUCAUGUGGAUAGGUAAAGGAGCACGCUUCAUUAAUUGUAUUCAGUAGAUUAAUGUUACGAGAAUAUUUUAGACUGAUUUAACUGAUCAUAGUGAAUAUA